CUCCGUCGUGCCAGAAUAGAUUCACUACAUGCAAAGCCAUUCUGCAAUCGUAUUGUGAGAAUACCAUCGGUCCUGAUUUAGGGAGUACAUUCAUUCUACAUAUCGAGCAAACAUGGCUUCACAAAAAUCAUUUUGUAUAGUUACAGGGGCAAGCAGGGGCAUCGGUCGUGCAAUUGCUAUCAAUUUUGCCAGGUCAUUUUCUGCGGAGUCUCGGAUUGUUGUGACAGGGCGAACGGCGGAGGCCUUGAACGAGACGAAGCAGAUGAUCCAGGCCGCUGCUCCCGGUGUUCACUGCACGGUUGUCAUCGCCGAUCACUCGGAUGAGGGUGGUAUGUCAAACACUCUCUCUGAGGUCACAAAAGAUGUCAAUCCAGAAGAAUUUCAGCGAUGUUUCCUCAUCAAUAAUGCUGCUAGCUUGGGAGAUGUGUCACGUUAUGCUCGGCAGUUGGAUGCUUCUGAUCUGAGCAGGCUGCAGAAAGUAUGCAUGUUGAAUGUUACUUCAGUGUUGCUCCUGACCUCGCAUUUUCUGAAGACCUUUCCGCGGAGGGAUGGACUGUCCAGAACUAUCGUGUCCUUGUCAUCGCUCUCUGCUUUGGUACCAUUCGCCAGUUGCUCUGUUUACUGCAUGACGCAGGCAGCUAGACUCAUGCUCUUCAAGACCAUAGCUCUAGAGGAACCCGAUGUUCGAGUUUUGAGCUAUAACCCAGGCCCGGUGGACACGGCAAUGUUCAAAGACAUGCAGACCAACAGUGCCAGUGCUGAGUGCAGGAAGAUGCUAGAAGUUACUGAAAGCGAACAGAAGUUGCUCCAGCCGGAUCAAACCGCUUCAAGGCUGCUCAGCAUCUUGGAGAAGGAUGCAUUUGAGUCCGGGGCUCACGUUAGUUACAACGAUGACUUGGCAGAGACGGUCGGUAACUUACGCAAGAAGUAGGUUUCAUCUUUCACAUUUCGUCUCACACCCGCUGCUCACACCAAUCGCUCCAAAGGGGUGUGUACAUCCAGAUUUCUUUGGAUAUAGAGCUCUCGGGUUAAAUUGGACUUCUAAUAGCAUGCCAGAGCCUAUAUUAGCAAAAUAAGGAAGAUCUAGCAAAACAAAUACUUAAGCAAAAUAAUCUUUAUGUGCGUUUUUUUUAUUUUAAGUUGUUCUUUAAAAUAUGUUUAUACGUAAUAUAUAAGAAAGAAAGGGGAUUAAAAAAAGGGGGGUGUAGUUGCAUAUAAACUGAACAUAAAUGAAACGAAGAACCAUCGAUGGUUUAUAACCUAAUCAAAAUGCACGUGACACGUACAUGUGAGCACCGGAGAGAGAGAGAGAGAGAAAGAGGGGGGGGGGUAAGUGGUGAGACUGGGGACAGGAGAGAAACGGGGAACAGAUCGACGGUCAUAAAAUUGACCCCCCCCCCAAAAAAAAAUGAAUUAUCACGAUUCUCUUAGUACAUUUAUUCACGGAAGGAAAAGAUCGAAAAAAAAUUAAAGUACCAUUCGCCUAUACCAUGCCACUUUGGAGAGUUUGUCACCCUUGCCAUGAUUUAUUAAGUUGUAUAAAUUUACAUUUCAGUAUUACAAAUAGUCAUAAACAGUAAACCAAGGAUGGUAAACUAGGAAAAGUAUCUAAAAUGCAUAAAGUGUAUUACUACAACAUAUCGAGUUUUUGUGAAGUAUAAUGUCAAAGUUCUGCUUUGACAGAGGUCAACACACGAUGUUAAAAUUGAUGCAUAUACUCUUGAUGCUACCGAUGGAUAUCAAAUCAGUGGAUUCCCGAUCCAAGUAGGAAAAUAUAUAAAAUGGAUUAUAUGUUUUACUUCAUUAUUUCCAGUUUUUGUGCGGUACAGUUUCAAAUAAGCAUGUGUUGUUGUAUGAAUAUAUCACUGCUUAUGCUACCAAUAGAUAUCACAUUAAUGGAUUCCGAAAUCUAUUUAGACCGCUUAUGACGUCAAAUUAAUGGAUUACUCUGCUAACACCAAUAAUGAGGGUAACUUCUCUCUUUUGUCAUGACUUCUGUAGAUUAAUGUCCGCCAUUUAUCAGACACAAUCAAUCAAUGUAAUAAAACGAGUUGAUUAAACAAAUCAAACAAAGACACUGAUAAUUUCAUAUGAAUAAGAUUUGUUUGUAAUUUUCCGCCACUUAUCUCCCUCCAUCGACUGUAAGUCUUUGCUUUAUAUUACAAUUGGCGCUCCCUAGUUCGAAGAUCGAUUCGCCGCCUCGUAGUUGGAACACCAAUCUUCUGUUCCCCUAAUUCAAACAUCAAUUUUGCGCCCCCUAGUUCUAACAUCAAUUUGGCGCCCCCUAAUUCGAAGAUCAAUUUGGCACCCCUUAGUUCUAACAUCACUUUGGUCCCCCCUAAUUUGAUCAUCAAUUUGGCGCCCAAACCUUAGUUCAAACAUCGAUUUGGUGCUCCAUAGUUCGAACAACAUUUUUGCACACUGUAGUUCGAACAUCAAUUUGGCGCCCAUUUAUUUCAAACAUAAGUUUGGUGCCCCUACUUCAACCAUCAAUUCGGCGCCUCUACUUCAAAUGUCAGUUUGGCGCCCCCUAAUUCCAAGAUCUAUUUGGCGCCCCCUACUUCGAACAUGAAUACAACACUCCCUAGUUCGAACACAAUUCGGCUCCCUCUAGUUUGAGCGUUAAUUUGGCUCCCCUGGUUUGAAAAUCAAUUCGGUGCCCCUUGUUCGAACAUCACUUUCGCAUUCCCCUAAUUUGAACAUCGAUUCGGCACCCCUAGUUCAAACAUUAAUUCAGCGCCCCUAGUUUGAACAUCAUUUGCCCCCCAUAAUUUGAUCAUCAAUUCGGCGAUCCCCUUGUUCGGACAUUAUUUGGGCACCCCCCUAAUUUGAUCAUCAAUUUGGCGCCCCACACCUUAUUUCAAACAUUGAUUUGGUAGUUCGAACAUCAAUUUUGCACCCUGCAGUUCUUACAGCAAUUUGGCGCCCAUCCAGUUCAAACAUCAAUUUGGCGCCCUCAUAUUCCAAGAUCAUUUUGUCGCCCCCAAGUUCGAACAUCAAAUUCGGCUCCCUCUGGUUCGAACGUGAAUAUGGCGCACCUUAGUUCGAACAUCAAUUCGGCGCCCCCUUGUUCGAACACCCCCUUGUUCGGGCACCGAAUCUAUUCGGUGCCCAUCUUGUUUGAACACUUUGGCUCCCCCUAAUUUGAUCAUCAAUAUGGCGCCAAAUAGUUCGAACAUCGAUUUGGCACAUUGUAGUUCUACUUCUCACACCAGUGCCCAUCUAGUUAAAAAAUCAAUAUGGCGCCUCCUAAUUCGAAGAUCAAUUCGGCGCCUCUAAGUUCGAACAUCAGUUCGGUUCCCCUAUUACAAACAUCACUUUGGCGCUCCUACUUCAAACAUCAGUUCAACACCCCUGCGUCAAACAUUUCGGCUCCCCCUAGAUCGAACAUCAACUUGGCACCCCUAGUUCAAAGAUCGAUUUGGUGCCCCCUAGUUCGAAGAUCAAUUCAGCAACACCCUAGUCGAAUAGUUAUUCGGAUCCCAUCCAGUUCUAACAUAAAUUCAGCGCCCGUAGUUCGGGCAUCACUUUAGUGUCCCUUUUUUUGAAAAUCAGUUUGGUGCUCCCUAAUUAAAAAUCAAUUUGGCACCCUGUAACUCGAUCAUCAAUUCGGCACCCCCUAGUUAGAACAGCCCUAGCUACAACAUCGAUUCAGGGCACCUUGUUCGAACAUCAGUUCGGCUCCCCUUUCUUCAAGCGUUAGUUUUGUGAGCCCUAGUUUGAUCAUCAUAUUGGCUCCCCUAGUUCAAUCAUCAAUUUGGCGCCCCCUUAUUCAAAGAUUAAUUUGGCACCCCCAGUUCUAACACCAAUUUGGCACCCCCUAGUUCGAAAAUCAAUUCGGCGCCCCCUUGUUCGAACAUCGCUUUGGCACCCCCUUAAUUUAAACAUCUAUUUGGCACUAAUAAUUCAAACAUCGACUUAGUGCCCCCUUAUUCAAAGAUGAAUUUGGCGCCCCCAGUUCGAAGACCAAUUUGGCGCCCCCUAGUUCGAACAUCACUUUGGCACCCCCUAAUUUGAUCAUCAAUUUGGCACCCCGUAGUUCUCAUCAAUUUGGCGUCUCUACUUCAUACAUCAACUCGGCGCCCCUACUUCAAACAUCUAUUUGGCGCCCCCUAAAUCCAAGAUCAUUUUGGCACCCCCUACUUCGAACAUGAAGUCGGCGCCCCCUAGUUCGAACAUCAAUUCGGGCUCUUUAAUUCGAAGAUAAUUUUGGCGCCCCUAGUUCGAACAUCAAUUCGACAGCCCUCUAGUUCGAACGUCUAUUUGGCACGUCCUAUUUUAAACCUCAGAUCGCCGCCUCUAGUUCGAACAUCGAUUCCGCUCCAACUGGUUCGAACAUCUGUUUGGUGCCCCCUCCCAGUUCUAACAUUAGUAUAAGACCUCUAGUUCGAACAUCACUUUGAAGCCCCUCCCCCCUAGUUCGAAAAUCAAUUUUACACCCCCUUGUUUGAACAUCGAUUCGGUGCUCCCUAAUUCGAAGAUCAAUUUCGCACCCUGUAGUUCGAACAUCAAUUCGGCUCCCUCUGGUUCGAACGUUAAUUUGGCGCCCCCUUGUUCGAACAUGAAUUCAGUGCCCCUAGUUCGAACAUCACUUUGGCGCCCCUAAUUUGAUCAUCAACUUCGCGCCCCAAACCAUAGUUCAAAUAUCGGUUUGGCGCCCUUCUAGUUCGAACAUUGAUUCGGCGGCCCUACUUCAAUACGGCGCCCUUAAUUCCAAGAUCAAUUUGGCGCCCUAUAGUUCGAACAUGAAUACAGCACCCCCUAAUUCGAACACCAAUUUGGCGACCAUUGUUCAAAUAUCAAUUUGGCGCCCCUAGUUCGAACAUCUAUUCGGCGCCUCCCUAGUUCGAACAGCUAUUCUGCGCUCCCUAAUUCAAAUAUAAAUUUAGUGCCCCCUGGUUCGAACAUCAAUUCGGCUCCCUCUUGUUUAAACGUGAUUUUUGGCACCCCUCGUUCGAAAAUCAAUUCGGCGCCCCCUUGUUCGAGCUUAGCUUUGAGACCCCCCUAAUCUAAACAUCUAUUCGGCGCCACUAGUUCAAACAGACUUGGUGCCACAUAGUUCGAACAUCAAUUUGACUCCCAGUAGUUUUAACAUCAAUUUGGCGCCCAUCUAGUUCAAACAUCGAAUCGGCGGCCCAACUUCAAUAUGGCGCCACUAAUUCCAAGAUCAAUUUGGCGCCCUCUAGUUCGAAUAGUAA